GGGAGUUAAAUAGGGUGCAUGCGACCGCUAUCUACUCGUACGGCCUCCUACAUUAUCAUCAUCAUCAUCAGUACGCUCGUCUCCUUAUCAAGAUGGUUUCGAAGACUUCCCCUCACCCAAAGAAGGCAGACGAGGACGAGAAGGCUGCUUCCCUGUCCCGCUACAUCAAGUUCCUCUCUCAAGCCGAUACUACCCUGCUGUCAAAGGCCGGCGAAGUAGCUCGACAACGACGCGGCAAGACGUCUGCGGAUGAAUAUGGUUUGGACGCUGCCAAGAGGCCGGGAGUACCCCACGAUACAGAACCCGCUCGUGUGGUCAAGGAGCGUGGUCCUCGCUCGUGGCCAUUCCUACUCUCACCAGACGGCAGGAAGUCACCGCUGCUGAUCUGGGCCGUCGAGCUUCGAGAGGGAGAGAGCGAGCCAACAUCGACUGUAGCGGAUAGUACUGGGCAUCAUCGUCGUGGAGAGAAGGAAGCUGGAGAGGAGUAGGAGAAGAGGGGCGUCAGAAAGGCUCUGCUGGAGAUCGUGACCGAUGUAUCGUCUGUCUUCCUUUGUGAGGGGCAAGCCCAACAAUUGAAAGAGAACUUUGCCUACUGAUGCCGCUGCGAAAGUCGAUUU